AUGACCGACGCAACCCGUAAGCGCCCGCAAUGCGACACGCAGCGCCAAUCACCCACCACGACCUCGCUUGCCCACCGGACUCGCGCGCCCUCGAGUGCUCAGCACGCCCGGCGCGAAAUCUCGCCCUCUAUUGAGCCCCGCGACGGCUCCGCUCCCGCCGUCAGCGUCAGCGCCAAAGCCGCUAUGAAUCACGGCGCUAACCAUGCCGCCAACACCGACGAUGAUGACGACGACGACGACUACACCUCCUCCUCGGGGAGUGAUAGUGACAGCGACGAGGAUGAGGAGGAGGCGAGUGACAACGACGAGCACGAAAAUGCCGGGCGGCUAGAUCGUGACAGGGACGGUGACGUCAAAAGCCACGACGGCAUGCCGCAUAUCUCGGGGCGCGCGAAGCCGCGGAUUCAUCGCGUCGAGAGGGACUCCGGGCUCGCGGCGCGCUUGUCGGCGUUUCUGCCGCAGAUGAAGACGGCGAAUGAGGAUUUGCAGCGCGAGAUUGACGCCGGUCGGGGGAUGGAUUUGAGGCUGGAUGAGGUGGACGAGCAGAGUGAGGGGCAGUAUAUUGAGAUGAAUCUCGGGCUGGGUGUCCUGGAAGAGCAACACUCCGACGACGAGGACAUGGGCGAAAAGUCUGAAAAGCCUCAGAAAGACCCAGAAUCGCGCUCGAAAUCGGAAACGGACUCGAACGUCAUGGAUACAUUAAUGGGCAACGACGAGUCGCCCUCGUCGAAGAAGCCGACAAUUCAAGAAUUAUAA